CGCGGGGUUAGCAUUAGUAUUAGCAUUAGCAUCGUUAGCUUCUCUUCACAAAUUUGCGCAUAAACGCGGGAUUAUAGAUCAGGGAUUGAAACAUAAGAAUCACAAAUAGGAGGCGCUGAGAUGGCGUCGGAGCCUCUGCAGCACCUCCACAGCCCCUCCCCACCUCUGCAGCACCUCCACAGCUCCUCCCCACCUCUGCAGCACCUCCGCUCGUUCCUCACGGAGACUUUUACCGCUGUGGCUCUGAACAUUUUCAGUGAAGUGCAAAACCUGGUCCAAAGCUACGAGUCUGAGAACGAGAGUCUGCGGCUCCAGCUGGAGUCGAUGCUUCAGCCGCACGUGGCUCUCUGCAGGAUCGAUGAGGGCUCCAGUUUUCCAGCCUUCCGGCAUUCCUGUCCUGGAGCCCGGAAUGGAGCUGUGUUUUCCGAAGCCGGACUGGAGCAGCUCAAAGAGGAGCAGAUGGAGUGUGUGAUCAGUGAUGACAUCAUGAACGAGGUCAAACCCGAAACAGAGGCCAUCCCCAUCUCUGACUCACAGAGCGCUCUUGAGAUGAACGACGCUCCCUGCUCCUCGGCCAUGGUCUUAACGUCAAUGAUGAGAGAGAACGCCAGUGAAAGAGGAGAGAGAGAUGAGGAGGGAGGAAAUGAGGAAGAUGAAGGAGAGGAGGAGGAGCAGGAGGAGGAGAAGAGCAGAGAGGACGAGGAGCCAAGCGCAGCUGAACAGACUGAGCCUUCACCACAGAAAACUUUGCUGGAAUGUCCCAGGUUCAAAAAGCCCGACAGCACGUUUCUGCCGACUCCCACUGAAUACAAAGCAUUUAUAUCUCGCAUGACUGAAAUCUACCAAGACAUGCCUGAAGAGCAGCGCCCCCUAGUCACGCUCAUGGGACUGGACCCGGAGGUGGAGUUUGUGGAGUGUUCUCUGGGUAAGGUCCCUAAAGGAUGCCCCCUGUCAUACCAUCACCCUCUGCCGUCCGAGAGUGACUUAAAACCUCUGGAUGCCGCCCCUCCCCAGCCCCGACUCCCCCUGCAGAGCCAAACAGUCCCAUCGUCCGCCAUCCCCAAGCUCCCGCCAAACCAGCGCGCUGUCGUCGGCAGCAUGACCGUAUCGUGGGAGGGGGCUUACACUCUGGAACAGUCAACUCGCCAGGACAAAGACGUCACCGACGACGUGAAGAAGUCCCGCCUCCUCCACUGUUUCAGAGAUUUAUUUUCACUUAAAAAUGCAGAAGGCAGUGCCCAAAAGCUCGUCGCUAAGCUAAAACGUGGGCGGCGCCGGUACAAGCAAGCCACCAUCGAAAAGGAACAGCGGAUCGAAGCUCUGAGGGAAUACUGCCGGCUCCUUUGCGUAAACUGGUAUCCCUGCGGGGUCGUAGUUCACCCAAGCGCUCCGUGGAUCGCGGCUCAUCCCGACGGCUUGGUUUACGACCCCAAUGAGGAAAUCUCGUUUGGGAUUUUGCAGUUGAAGUGUGAGGAUCUACGCACCUUCACUGAGAGUAAAUAUCUGGUGUUUAAAGAGGGAGCGCCACAGCUGAACCCGAGGUCCCCAGGGUACUGGCAGGUUCAGGGGGAGCUGAUGGUGACGGGGACGGCCUGGUGCGACGUGCUGCUGUUCUGUGGAGACGACAUGUUGGUCCAGAGAGUUUACAGAGACCAGGGCCUCAUUAAUGUCCUCAAACACAAAAUGGAUGCCUUCUUUUUCAACUACUACCUACCCAGUCUAUGCUCUUGAUGAGGACUGAGGCCCGGGGAGGACCCGAGGCCGAUCCAGGACCCGAUCCAGGACCCGAUCCAGGACCCGAUCCAGGACCCGAUCCAGGACCAAACCACAGAUGUUGGUUCAGUGGAAAUGUUUUUUUUUCUUCUCUUGUAUUAAAGGCUGUUGAGGUCC